AUGACUGUCACGGCCACUACGAAAGUAUCCAAGGGGUUAUUCUGCAGAGUGGCAGCAACCUUGUUGUUCCUCAUCCUCCUCCUCUGGGCUAUAUCAGGAUGGAUGUUUCCAAGCAAUGCCCCGUCCGUCGUAGGACGCCCGUCGCACGCCAGCGAGCUUCUCGCCAGAUAUCCGACGCAGAACUUCACCAUGCCCAUUGACCAUUUUCACAACAUAUCCCGCUACGAGCCCCAUACGAAUGCCACUUUCCAACAACAUUACUGGGUCGACACCAGCAAUUACGUUCCCGGAGGCCCAGUGAUCAUCCAUGCCAUGGGUGAAGACAACGCCAACUACGACCUCGAAUGGCUCCAGAAGGGCAUACUCCAUGAAAUCGCCAAUGCUACCGGUGGAGUCGCCGUUCUCUGGGGGCAAAGAUACUAUCCCGGCGGCUACGACAUCGUCCCAGACCACCGAUGGACACGAGAAAACCUGCGCUUCCACAGCACCGAACAGGCCCUGGCGGAUCUCGCCUACUUCGCUCAACGGGCGACCUUCUCGGGCCUGGAAGACCGGGACUUGACGGCGCCAGGUACUCCGUGGAUCAUCCUAGGAGGCUCGUACGGCGGUGUCAUAUCGGCAUUCACGCGCAUCCAGUAUCCAGACCUCUUUUGGGGUGGCCUGUCGUCCUCGGGAGUCACGACGGGUACGCUCGAUCACUGGCAGUUUUUCGACAUGAUACGACGCCACGCGCCGCCGAAAUGCGUCGAGGCUCAGCAACAGUUGACCAACCUGAUGGACAACGUCUACGAGAGUGGCAACGAGACGGCCCUGGCCCAGCUCAAUGCAGCCUUCAACGUCUCGCAGUCUUCGACAUACCCUGACCUCGCGUUCUUCCUGACCAGUCCGUUCUCGGCAUGGAAUCAGCAGUGGAAUAGAAAGCCUUACCCUUUCACUGGUCCAGCCUCUUACUGUGGCCUGCUGACGUCCGACUCUUCGCAAUACCAUACACCCGAAAAGCUUCACACGAUAGCGCACUCGCUUCUCGCUUUCGCCAACAGGACCGCCACCCCCGACCCCACGACGCUGUACUAUCCCUUGCUGAACCUCUUCUCACAUGUGCGACACACGAAUACCUUCUGCGCCGGACGCGCUGUGCACGAGUGUCUCUCGCUCACCCGGCCGUCCCCCUUCGGCUGGCUGCAGUGCACCGAGGGCGGCAGCUUCGCGACGGGCUACACGCCAGGCAGCGCGGGUCACCCGCACGUCCUGCCCCUGGUCUCCCGCACACUGUCGCCCGCGUACUUCCUCGCGCGGUGCAGGCGGACCUACAACACAACCACCCCCGACGAACCGCGCCUCGACCGCCUCAACCGUUACGGCGGCGUCAACCUGUCGUACCCGCGCCUGGCUCUCUCCACGGGAGAGCUGGACUACUACCGCGGCCUGGGCCCGCUGGCCGAGUUUCUGGAGAACGGGGAGCCGAAUCCCAGGCUGAUGCUGCUCAGCGGCAGUCAUGACGAUAACGCUGAUGAAGGAUCGUCGUCAUUGUCGGCUGGUGACGCACCCGAGAUUGUCAUUGAGGGUGGCUUCCACGAGUGGGAUUUCCCGGGUCUCUUUGCGAACGAGACAGCAGAGAUUCAGAUGCCCGAGGCCGUCAAGAGGGCGAAGGCUAAGGAGGUCGAGGCCGUUUUAGGAUGGUUGAGAGAGUGGAAUGCCACGCAUGGAAUGUAG